AUAGAAUUUUAAAAAACAUUUUCUUGAAAGUAUGUCUAUGAAUAUUGGAAGAAUGUCUUUAAGAAAAUCAUUCAGCGAAAUUCUAACAAGAAGAUCAUUAUUUCGUCUAAGGACCAACAAAUUAAAGGGACGUUAUUUAUUCCGUGCUGCUGCAAGAUUAGUUUUAGAAUUUUUAGAAUGGUUAACUCAGGAACCUGUAAUCGAAGAUGUUAGCGACGACGUUGCAGCUAUUCUCAAAUUAACUCAAGAGAAAAAAGUCGAGAAAAAGCCAUUGACCUUGGAGGAUCGUUCUAUUCUAUUGAUAAAUCCAAUUGAGAGAUCAUCGUCAGAUAAAACUUAUAUUUGCGAAUUAUUCAAAAAAUUACGAGCAUUUAAAAAAUAUCCAGAAGAACAAAGAGAAUCAUUAGCGGAUGUAUGUGUUUAUCAAUAUUUACCACGAGAUCGUGUAAUAGUACGUCAAGGCAACAAAGCUGAAAAUCUUUAUUUUAUCAUAAACGGGGAAGUCAACCUGACGAGGGUCGUUACCGAUGAUCUUACUGGCGAUACCAAAGAGAUUGAUAUGGGUUCCAUGCAUCCGGGAGAUAUGUUUGGAGAGAUUGCAUUAUUACACAUGAUACCAAGAACAGCUACCAUAGUCACUAAAACCUCAGUAGAUUUGCUACUCAUCAAUCUUGAUGAUUUUAAUGAAAUAUUAAGAGAUUAUUUGAUGGAUCAAUGGAACAUUUUGCAAGAUGCUUUGGUACACUUUAAUUAUUUUGAAAGAUGGGACGAAGAAACUAUAAGAGAAUGUUGCAUUUUGAGCAAGUUAAAAGAUUUUCAAGCAAACGAGGUAUUGUUAGGCGACGGAAAGGGCAUGGUCAAUUAUGUACAUUUUUUAUUGGAAGGUGAAUGUCGUUUGAUAGAACAUAUACUCGUUAAAGAGAAACCAACUGCACAUGAAAUGAGAUACGAAUUGUUCGAUCCAGACGUCAUGAGUUCUUUAUCGGAAUUUGAAUCAAAUGAUAAAAAUAUUGAUACUGAUAACAUUAUUAAACAAGAAGGAUCAAUGAUUUAUGAUAAAAUGAACGACAAAUGGACUAAACUAGAGACAAAUAUAAAUGAUACGACGAUGGACUAUACUCAGAUUAUGUUAUCCAAAAAAUUAGCAAAUAAACAAGCUGAUUUGGAACGUACGAGUAUUGUGACAGCUACACUUGCAAAUGUUGUGAAUGAAUGGCACGAGAUAACGGAAGUUACAGAAAUGUUGAUGAGAGACCCAUCAGUUACAUCGCAACGUUAUCCAAAAGACGUUCAUACAAUAUUCAUGCAAGUUUGUAUGUUUUAUAGGGGUGCUUGUUUUGGAAUAGGUGAAAAAAUGCUUAAUCGAAGAAUCGUAUCAGUAACACCUGUACGAUGUUUCCUUAUUCCACGUUAUUGGUUAAUGGAACGUAAUCAAGCUAAUAUUUGGCACAGAGUUAGAUUAUUUAUGGAUUCGAAGUUUUUAAAUAGAAAAGAAUUGUUCAAAGAAUUCAUUAAAAGUCGAAAGUAAUGAUUAAUUACUUUUUACAUCAUUUUAUCUAUAUUACAUGAAACGUAUUAUUAAUAAACUAUGACAUUUUGUUUUUCUAGAUGGAUACAGUAUAAAAGGAAAUUAGUCAACGAUAUUAUUAAAAAGGGACGACGUUCUCGUAAUUGUGCAACUACAUACGAUGUACCAUAUUCUAUUAGAAUUACUGAAGAAAUAAAUUCGAAAUUAUAAUUUAUGUCUAAAGUACAAAUUUAUAAAAUUUAUCUUAUCUAUAA